CGAUGGUUACACUAACCAACCAACCGCCUUCACUGCAAUUCACCAUAACAUUCCUUGUAUGUUCCUUUGAAAUUUGUUGCUUUUCUUCUUUUUGUUUUCAAGAAAGAUUUUUACUGGGAUUCGGAUGUCAUUUUAUCUGCCAUCCCUUUAAUUUUAACUCACAGGCUUAGGUUAAACUAAAAGAGUUCAAUUGGGUCCGGUUGAAUUCAGAGCCCAUACUUGAUAAGUAACACAGUCACGGUACUCCGUAGUCCGUACAGAUAGCAAUUGCAGGUAUCGACGGGUGGUGUCCGUCCUCAACUUACUACCCAGUCGACGGUUUCAGCAGAGCUAUCGACGGUGGUUAUGCUUCUCAGUGGCCGCCUCAUGCUCAGGUCUCUAUCUCUUGCGUCAUUACCGGCAACUCCUUCCCUUCAGGAAAUUGCCUCUAACCAUCCUACAGGUGUUGCAAAAGUAGUGCUUAAAAAGGGCAAGACACAACUAUUUAAGGAUGGAAGUCCAAUGGUUUACAGUGGUGCUAUUGAUAGAGUGAUUGGUAGACCACCACCCACCACUGGGGAUAUUGUCCUCGUUGCUGAUGGCACUGAGAAACCAAUUGGCUGGGGAUUUUACAAUUCUACUUCUAUGUUCCGUGUCCGCCUCAUGCAGCAAGAAGAGGAAACAGCAUUAGACCCUUCUUGUGCGCUUAAUGCGGAAAAGCUACUGGAAACAAGAAUUGCAGCUGCUGCGGAGUUGCGUAAGAAUCUAGGGCUUCCUUCUGCUUGCACAAAUGCAUAUCGUCUUGUUAAUAGCGAAGGGGACAGACUAUCAGGCCUUAUUGUUGAUAUCUUUGGAGAUUUAGCUGUAAUAGCUUCAUCAGCUGCUUGGGUGCAGAUAUACCAGCAUCAGAUAAUGGAUUGUUUGAGUAGAUUAAAUAAUAUCAAACAGAUAAGCUGGAGGCCAACUGUUGAAAUCUUGAAAGCAGAAGGCUUAGAUCUUUCUGAUUUGAAAAAACCAGAUCUAAUCAUACCUCAAACUACGGUAAAGGUGAGAUCUGUAUUCAUAUGGAUCUGUUGUGCCAUUCAGAAUUUGUUUUGUGAGCUAAAAUCAAUAUGAAGAGUUGUUUGCUCGCAUGGAGGUAAUAAGAAACUAAGCCAAGAGUGUGAUCUGACAUGAAAUCCUGUUAACAUAUAAAUGUUAGAUGCUAGGAUUUGCAAAAGUACAAUGCUAAAUCCGACUUUUAACUUUUAGAGGGCAUCUUGUGUUGUUAAGGAGGCAUCUCCUUUUCAUUAAGCUAUUACUGUCGGUUUCAGAAACUGAACGCAAAGUCGUAGAUGCCUAAUCGUAAGUAAUUACAAUCAUCUUCCGUAGUGUGAUAUGUGGAGUGGUGCUUAUGUUGCACGCAGCAAUGCUUUAGAAGCAGUUUAGGUGCUAAAUAUUCAGUGAGCUUUCUGCCUGUAGAUUUGAAAUAAGUGUGCUAUACUGGCCUAUCAUUAGCAUCAGAAAACUGAUCUAGUUAUUAGAUAAUAAUAUUGUGGAGUGUUGAUUCUGUUAUCUUGAAGUUUAUAUUUUGACCAAAUCCUGUCAAAAUUCUUUGGCCGACUUUUUUAGUGUUCUCACUUUUUUUAUCUUCGUUGUUGGAGUUGCAGAAUUAGUAGCCAAACUAUUGCUGAAGUUAAAUUCUUCUCAAGUUUAAAAGGUUGUAAUUCAAACCUAAACUAUGAAACAACCUCUUGCAAAAAUGCAGGAUAAGACUGCGUACAAUAGACCCUUGUGGUCCGGCCCUUCCCCGGACCUCGCAUAUAGCGGGAGCAUAGUGCACCGAGGCUGCCCCUCGUCCCUGGCCCAACCAAUAGUUCAACUUGAGACAUAUUUCUGGCACACAAAUGACAGGCCGGAAGUAAAGUAAGGGCCAAUCAUCAAUCAAUGACGCCUUAAUCUCAAAUAUCAGGGGUUGGCUAUGUGAAUCCCCCCUAUCCAUUUUUAUGCUCUACGAGGGUCUUUCAUUUCAAUAUUAUAUAAUUUGUUUCUUAAGGCAAACUAGGAGCUCUCUAAAACUAAAGUUCUCUAAGUCUCCCGGCUGACAUACAAAUCUUUAACCACAUCACAAUGACUCAUGGAAAACACCGGAUCUGGGAAAGGUGUAGCAACAACAUGUCAUUUAGGGUAGGGAACGGAGGAGGGUAACUUUUGGGGCCAUAGGUGGUGCCGAGACAGUACUUUGAAAAUUUCUUUCCCAAACAUUUACAUAAUUCGUGCCAAAAGGAGCUAAUAGUCCAAUAAGUUUGGAGGCUGUAAGAUUGUCAAAUCUUCUGCGGUUAGGAUUUAGGAGGAAUUUCCAAGAUUAGGAGGUGAUAGAGUUCCAAAUGUAGUCAAUUUGCGUCGCAAAGAAAGCACUUCACAGGGUAGCGUGAGUAUUGUCAUGGGCGGCUUUCCAGCCGUGCCCCAUG